AUGUCACCGGCACAAGAUCAAUACUACGUGAUUCCCAACGUCAACGCCAUGGACCCUAACGCUCGGGAGUUCGACUUGGCCUCUCAGGGCUGGAUUCAAGCCACCAUCAUCGAGGACGACGACCUCAUGUUCGGCGGCAAGUCCUUGAGCACAUGGUACGAGGAGGAACGGAGACGUCUGAGCAACGGGUCUUCAGAUGAAGAGGAGCACCGCGGUCGCCAAAGGGUCCGCAAGCACCACUCUUCCCAUAAGCAUCAUCACCACCAAGCGAAGCAGCACUCUCCCAGCUCCGACAAGAAACACUGA